AUGCAUUGGGGCCUCUACAUCUUUUUUAACCAUGAUAACGGAAGGACUCAAAUCAUUGAUCUUUUUAUUCAAGACAAGGUGCUUGCUGAGAAAUUGAAUCUGAACUAUGAAGAGGCAGAGAGAUGGAUUGUGCACCUUAUCCGCACCUUAAAGUUUGAUGCCAAGAUUGAUUCCGAGUCAGGAGCCGUAAUCAUGGAGCCUACUCAGCCCAUCGUGUAA